AUAGCCUCAACCUACUCGGCGUCCAAGGCUUAGAUGUGCCGGGUCAAUAAGCCCGAGCAUUAUAGGGGCUAAUGUGAUAGCAGAUGCUAGCGUCUGUAUCGUGAUGAUGAACCAUAGCUCUCAGAAUUAUAAGCUAACGGGACGCGCCGCAUGCCCGCAAAAGAAAGGGAGAUACGAGGUCGGAGACUUACCAUCUCAAGAUGUGUAUACACGUGUCUGCUGCAGUGGGUAGUGGCAAUUCCUGUCACUUGCCGGCCCUGCGACUUGCAGAACCUGGGUUUGGGGCCUCCUUCUCGAGAUUCUUGCCUCUUCGGAGCGUGCUGCUUAUAUUGCUCUUACAAUCUGGAUCGUCUAGCUUACAUAACCUGCAUUCAUUUCCAGGCGAUGGCGGCUGUAGAGGCCUCGCCCCAAGCUCGGGUCGCGUCACGUGGAUAAGUCGGAGAGAAUUGGUAUACCCUCUUGGAAAACUCAAGUUAAGCGACAUCUUUUUCUCUCCCUUUUCCCUAUUCCUCUGUUUCUCAAAAGAUAUAGGAGGUCUGGAAUUACGUGUACCGGGGUACGUGUUAGCCAUGUGCUACACUCUUCGGCCCGGUUUUCGAGGGAGAAACGUGGUCAACUGUACCGAGCCAUGCUGCGCAAUAUCUGCAAAAUGGUUGACAUGGUCCUUUGUAAAUGAUUCAUGCACCAGGAUCGCUUCGCGAAUAUCCCUGGUUCGACACUGACCCUCUUGGUAUCUCGAGUCUGUCAAGGGAGGAGAGGAGAUAUGACAAGGUUUGUGUGUGGCACAAUCGCUUGCGGCGGAUGAUGUUUCGUUUCGAAUAUGAUACUCUAUUCCUUUUACCACUGUCAAAGCACGUAAGCCCAGGUUGCAAGGACUCCAUUACCCCAGUCAACCCGGCAGUUGUCUGCUCACAGCCAAGGACGCUGGCCGA